AUGGAGGACGAGACGGCGCAGCGUACUGUCCUUCGAUCUCGCCGUGACUCGGAUCUUGAUGAUGCUCCGGAGGUUUAUGGCACAGAUCCAGGAAGGAAUUAUGCUAAUCGAAAGUGGAGUAUUGAGGAAACGGUUGAGGUCGAUGACAACAACGAGAGCCAAUGGAUUAGCAGCCCUCAUACUUUAAGUGUAGGCUUUUUACUCAUGCUCUGGAUUGUCUACGCCGCAUUUCACGAGUCUGUUAUAGCUAUUCACGAUCCAAAGGACCAAUAUGCAGCUGACAUUCAACGUGGCGUCAAGUAUGCGUGCCUCUUUUUCCUCACGUAUUGUACUUUACAGCUACCCGACGGUCACUUUGUGCGUCCACAUCCUAUCGUAUGGCGUCUACUUACCGGCAUUUUUAUUCUUUACGAAAUGGUUCUGAUUGUAUUACUAUUUCUUAAAACUUAUGAUGCACGCCAAUUUCUCAAGGUCUUUGACUCGAAUCUUGGCGUUGAGCUUCCCGAAACGUCUUAUGCUUCGGAUUGCAGAAUAUAUACACCAGAGAAUCCAGACUCGUAUUUUGCUAAUGUUAAAGCGACAGUAUUUGAUCGUUUUGUGAUAAUGCACUUUUUUGGCUGGAUUGUCGGCUCGAUUAUGGUACGGAGUAAGAUGAUUUCGUGGAUACUAAGUGUCAUGUUUGAACUUUAUGAAAUCACAUUUAGUCAUUGGCUUGCAAAUUUCAAUGAGUGCUGGUGGGAUCAUGUCUUUCUGGAUAUUUUUACCUGCAAUGCUGCUGGUAUUUAUUUGGGGAUGAAGAUUUGUCGCUACUUUGAGAUGCGUCACUUUAAUUGGGUCGGCAUUCGAAAAAUUCCGAACUUGACUGGUAAAGCCAAACGUGCAUUAGCUCAAUUUACACCUGCGUACUGGAUGGCGUACGAUUGGAAGAUCUUUCGAUCGGCAGAGCGAUUUUGGCGCGUCAUGUCGAUGGUAGCGAUUCUUUCGAUCAUGAUGCUGAAUUCGUUUUUUCUUAAGACAGUGUUGUGGGUCCCUGCAAGUAGCAACCUCAACAUUUAUCGUCUCUCGAUCUGGUAUUCAGCUGGAAGCUACGCAGUUGCAGAGUAUUACAUUUUUUGCUCAUUCACAAUUAAUUAUGAAGGUAAAAAGAUGCCAGUUAUGAAGCUUGGACCGCGUGCAUGGCUAGGUAUUGCCGUAGUGGUAACUGAGGUGCUUGUGAUCAUCAAGCAUGGCAAAGGCAUGUUCACUGAGCCUUUCCCACUUUAUGUCAAACUCAUCUGGACAGCAAUCUUCGCCGUGCUUGUGUUUGGUUCCACAAUCUACUUUAAGUUUAUAAACAAGCCACUGGAUAACAAGGUUAAGAAUCAAUAG